UUGACUUCUAUGAAAAUAUCAAAAUUCUUUCAAUUUUAGUGGGAUUAUUGCACCAUAAAAUGCACUAUUCUCUGAAUAAAUAUGACUAACUCUCAAGGAGUUCGUUCAUCUUCAGAACUUUUCAAAGAACUUCGUCCUCUGUGUUGAAAUCGCUCGUGAACCAACAUCUUGCAGGAUUGAUGCAUUGCGUCUUUACAUGGAAUCAAACAAAUCAUUUGAUUUUUCUAUGCUUAUGGAUUAUAUCCUUUAUCCUUUACAAGCGACAGUAGCAAGAACUAAUGUGUCUUUAAACUUACGAAUUGAUGCUUUGAACUGCUUGUGUCACAUACUCUCGAGGACUGGCGUCAGAAGUGUUGAAAAAUUUAAAGAACUUUUUCAAUACGUUUGUUUUUUACUCAGUUCUAAAGAACCAGGCAAAGUAUCAUCUGAUGUUACUGAAGAUUUCAAAGAUGCUCUAUUGAACUGUACUUAUAAUUUACUGAAUUCUUCAUCUUGCCAAGUUUUAGAAUAUAGUUAUAAGGAUGAUUUUAUGCCCCAACUUGGACAUAGUAUAACACUGCUGCUUGAUAUUGCUCAACAUGAGAAAGCAAAGAAUUUGGUUGUCAAAUCAAUUGAAUGCAUUGAAAAAUUUGUAUUUUAUUCAAAAUCAAAUGAUUCGUCUAGGGAACAGUAUGAUAAAUUGUUAUCGGCAAAACUAGCUUCAUUUUUACCUGGUAUUUCAAUUGCUUUAAGUAAAGUUGUUACUGCUGGCAUUCAACAAGGAACAAAAGUGAUUGUAGCUGCUUUGAAGGCAUGGGGAACCCACAUAGAAAUCGUUUUGAGAGAUGAAUUCUUUCAUGGAAAACAUGCUCAUAGUGAAUUUUCUGACCUAUUGUUAAAUAUUGUUCCAUCCAAUGAAGGACAUUUAGAACAUUUAAAUGUUGAAGAAAAAGAAAAAUGUAAAAUGGAACAACUUGUUGUCAAUAAAGAUAAGGGAUGGUACACAAACACAGCUUCAAAAUUCGAAAUACUUCUUCAGAGAAUAUCGAGCUUGGCUACUCAUUCAAGUUGGAAAGUUCGUUUGGCUUUAUUAGAUUUUUCCGAAUUGCUCUUGGUAAAGUGCUCUGCAUCCCUGAAGACAUGUGUUCCAAUUUUAGUGGAAAUUGUAAUUGGUAUGACGUCUGAUGAUUAUGAUGAAGUUUCAAAAAGAAGCAAAAGUAUUGUGUCAAAUAUACAGACAAAGCUUUCAAAAUAUGAUCAAAGAUCGAUGGUCGAAAUAAUAGUGGAUAAACUGUUUUCACAUUUUACUGCGCUUCCUCGACAAAUACGAGGCACGGAUGAGAAAUCAAAGAUAAGAAUUCUUCAUAUUAUUCUUGGUUAUAUUCAAGUAUUGGGUGAUCAUGUUAGAACCGUCUUUCAUGCUGAUACUCUUCUUAAACGUUUCAUACAAGCCUUUAUUCAGGUUUUGGAAUUUGAUGUGUCGGACAUUCGUAUGUUGGAACUAACCUCUGGUGAGAAUGUUAGAUAUACUCAAGUGUAUGAAACUUAUGGUGGUAAAAACUGCCUGGAAGAUGUGAUCGGAACGCGUCAAUUUGUUUAUAAAAAAAAAUUCAAGCACUUUAGGGACGAGUAUAUACUGCAUAUUAUCGAAAAAAUAUGCUGGUCUCUUGGAAGUCAAGGGAAUCUUAUACUUUUCACUGAUCAUCUUUUGGAGCAGUUAAGAUCAUCACCUUCGAAUAGUAAACAAAUUAUCUUCAUUAUCAACGAAAUAAUGCGUGGAUCGCUUAAACAUAUAAAAGUUGACUUUUCUUUCAAGGAUGAAACAUCUACAGAAAAGUUCAAUGAUGUCAUUGCCUGUGUGAAGUUGAUCAUGGACGAAUAUUUAUCAAAGGAAUUGUGGUGUGUUACAGUUUCAAAUCACGACAACGAACCUUUAAAAACUACGAUAGACAAAGAUCUAUUUAAUUUACCAAAUAGCAAUGUAUAUUCUACUGGUCAGUUUAAUUCUAUCUCUCAACUUAACAGUAACAUUCAGAUGAUGUGUUUAAUGUUGGAAGGUAUAGGAAUACUUGCCACUGUCCUAAAGAAAAAGUUUGACAGUAUGUUGUUGAAUGUGUUGUAUCCUGUAAUGGAGAAAUUGGGAAGUAGGAAUGCCACAGUCAGCAAUGCAGCAUACUGGAGUCUACUUACGAUUUCAAUUUGUUGUGAAUAUAAGUCAAUCCAAGAGUUAAUUGCAAGCAACGUGGAUUAUCUUAUCAAUACAAUCUCUCUUAAUCUGCGUCAUAUCGAGUUAAAUCGUGAAACACCUGCUGUACUCAGUGCCAUGAUUCAAUAUGGUGACGAACGUUUACUUCCGUUUCUUGAAGAUACUUUAGAUGAAGUUUUAAAUCUUAUCGACUUCAUGGAUGAAAGCUGCAUUGUUGCUUUUUUAAAAGUUCUUAAUUCUUUCUCUUUUGCUCUUUCAAAAUGGUUUCCAAUGACAAUAAAACAUCAAUGUGAACUUCCUAAGAAGAAAUCGGAAACAGCGACUCAAAAUACGGACCUGCGUGACUACUUUGUAUCACAUUUAAAGAUGAAGAAAGAAUCUCAGGGUGAAUUGCCUAUGGACGAAAUUCAUGAGAAUGAAUUUGACGAAGAAACACAAAGGGACGAGAAAAAUAAUUCCGAAGAAAUUUCUCUACAAAUAAAGUUGAUAGAAAAGGUUGUUGAAAAAUGUUCUUAUUUCAUCACGGCGAGGUAUGUAGCAGUUCGCCAGCUUGCUCUUUCGACAAUUCAUUAUGGCGUUAUGGUGUUAUCUGGUGCCGAGAAUCGAUUGUUACCAAUGAUUCAUAAAAUGUGGCAAUGUAUAGUCCAAUGUUUACGUGAUGACGAGUUGAUUGUCAGAAAUAAAUGUCUUUCAGUUCUAUUAACUAUGGUGAACGUUUCUGGACAUUUUAUGAAACAACGCGUGGUCAAAGAUGUGUUACCGAAUUUGUUAUCUUACCUAAAGAAACAGCAUUCAUUGAGUGCUAAUGCUCGUACAACAUAUUCACAUACAAUGUCUUUCAAGUUUCAAUUGGCUAUUCUGAAUGUCCUGGGAAAGAUUUGUCAUCAUCUUGAUAUUUUAGACAUUGAAUGUGGCAAAGUGAUUUCUAUUAUUUUACCAUACUUAAGUGAUAAACAACCUGAAGUACUGCAAAAGGGAGCUUUUAAUGCAAUAAAACAUAUUGCAAACAAAGAACCAGAUCUCGUUUGGCUAUCUCUUAAUAACCUGUACUGUCCUCGAUUGCCAACAAUGCCGGAUCCUCGAUUUCAAAAUAUACAAUUUUCCGGAUUGUGUGUUACGAACAGUGCCGAGUUUGCAUCCAAUGUAGAGCAAUUACUUGAAGAAUGCCAUCUUUCACCGUGCAUUUACUCACACAAUAUUUUGGACAAGACUUUUCUCAACAAAUCAAUUUAAAACUAAGGUUUGAAAUAGUUUAUGUUGCAAGUGCACUAAUUGUUUUCAUCUUCAUUUUCGUAGAAAAUCUAUCUUGUUAUGUGAAACCCAUAUUGUAUCAUAAAUAUCAUGAUGUUAUUUUGGGAAAGAAUGACAACAUACGUACGACAAUUGUAAAAAUAAGGAAUUUACUAUGGAACAAGUGCACUUUGCCAUCUAUAAUGUACUACUAAAAUGGACUACUUCAGAAAAAAGAUUUCCAUCUCGAUAUACAAAA